UGCUUCUUAGAGCAAAACCCACUUCCCGCCAUCUCCCACUUGCUGAAAUUAUCGACCCAAAACAGCUACUAACUGAAAAGCUCCUGUCCCUCUUGAAAAAAUGUUCAUCAACAAAAUCACUUCAACAAAUUCAUACUCAAAUGCUUAUUCACUACAUUCAAAAACCCAACUUCCUCCUCUCCAAAAUCAUUGAACUAAAAGACGUCAACUACGCUUCAACUCUUUUCUAUCACCUCCCCAAUCCUAAUGACUACGCUUUCAAUAUAAUGAUCCGUGGCUUCACAACCACAUGGAAAAAUUACUCUCUUUCUCUUCAGUUCUAUUAUGAAAUGAGAGCUUUAGGCUUGAAACCAAAUAAUUUUACAUACCCAUUUUUGUUUAUUUCGUGUGCGAAUCUUUCUGCAUUGAAUCAUGGGGUUUUGGCUCAUUCGUGUGUGUUUAAGAUUGGAUUGGAUGGUGAUGAUCAUGUUAGUCAUUCUUUGAUUACCAUGUAUGCGCGGUGUGGUGAAUUGGGAUAUGCCCGGAAGGUGUUUGAUGGAAUUCUUAUGAGGGAUUUGGUGUCGUGGAACUCGAUGAUUUCGGGUUAUUCGAAGAUGGGGUAUGCAAGGGAUGCGGUGGAGUUGUUUGGGAGGAUGAGGGAGGAGGGGUUUGCACCGGAUGAAAUAACGAUGGUGAGUGUUCUUGGGUCGUGUGGGGACUUGGGGGAUUUGGGGCUAGGGAGGUGGGUGGAAGAGUUUGUGGUGGAGAACAAAAUGGAGUUGAACUCAUUUAUGGGGUCUGCGUUGAUUGAUAUGUAUGGGAAGUGUGGAGAUUUAGUGUCUGCGAGGAGGGUCUUUGAUGUGAUGGUGAAGAAGGAUGUGGUUACAUGGAAUGCUAUGAUCACAGGAUAUGCUCAGAACGGUUUCUCAAAUGAAGCAAUUAUGCUGUUUAAUGGAAUGAAAGAGGCGGGAGUUAAUCCAGAUCAAAUUACAUUGAUUGGAGUACUGUCUGCUUGUGCCUCUAUUGGGGCCCUUCAGUUGGGGAAAUGUGUUGAUACAUAUGCAUCAGAAAGGGGCCUACAACACAACAUUUUUGUUGCUACUGCUUUGAUUGACAUGUAUGCUAAAUGUGGGAGCAUAGAGAACUCAUUAAGAGUUUUUGAAGGCAUGCCUCUGAAAAAUGAGGUAUCAUGGAAUGCAAUGGUCUCAGCACUUGCUUUUAAUGGACGAGCCUUGGAGGCCUUGUCAUUAUUCGAUUGCAUGUUGAAGGAUGGUAGGGAUGUCCGUCCCAAUGACAUAACAUUUGUAGGAGUACUUUCUGCAUGUGUUCAUGCUGGAUUGGUUGAUGAAGGCCGUCGGUUGUUUGACUUGAUGAGCUCGUCGUUUGGGUUAAUACCGAAAAUUGAGCAUUACUCUUGCAUGGUUGAUCUUUUGGCACGUGCAGGACAUGUUCAUGAAGCUUGGGAUUUUAUUGAGAAGAUGCCUGAAAAACCAGAUGAAAUUGUACUAGGGGCAAUGCUUGGUGCAUGUCAAAAGCAGAGAAAUGUUGAUGUCAGUCAACGGGUGAUGCAACUACUUCUGGAAAUUGAGCCUUCAAAUUCUGGAAACUAUGUAAUCUCAUCAAAAAUAUAUCGGAAUUUGAGAAUGUGGGAUGAGUCAGCAAAGAUGAGGAUGUUAAUGAGACAGAGGGGUGUCAGCAAGACUCCUGGUUGUAGCUGGAUCGAGAUUGAUGAUCAAAUUCAUGAGUUUCUUGCUGGUGAUGAUAUACGGCAUUAUUCAACUGAGAUCUGCCAAUUGUUUGACUUGCUAAAUGAGGAAAUGAAAAGGGAAGGUUACCUUCCAAAGGUUGAUUGUUUAUAACCAUCGAGAUUUGAAAGUUGAGAAAUUGCUUUAUUCACCAAUAUUUUUGGAAAUUUAGAAACAAGCUUGGAGACUAGAGGUACUUAGCUUUAAGUUUGGGGAAUUUAGGUAAAUAUUUCAAAGCUUUUUUAAGAACUUCUACAAGCUGGGAACAGUUGCCUAAUUUUCAGCAAUUCUCUUGUUCUCGACCCAGGUUGGAAUGUAGUGUAUCUUCCAACCAUCGAGGCUGCAAAGAAGCCAGUUAUCCCAAAGCAUGAUUCAAAGAGAUUUUAUAUUUUGUACCGAAAGAAUCAUGGGAAUUCAAGAGUCUUAGUAGCACAAGAAAUAUUGAAGAUUUGUAAGUGAAAAUUAUGUGAUCUUUUUUGAAAGAUCUCUUUGGUGGCACAAAAUAGCUAUUUAUAGUCUAUGAUGUCACUGGAUUUGUAAGGUUACAACAAAUUUGUUAUUUGCUUCAUCUUGAAGCUUCUAGCAACCAUUUUGGAGAAGCUCGACAAUUACUUGCCCUCUAGAGUCAUUCAUGCUCCACAUAUUGAUUUUCUAUGCAGGCUCAUACUUUGUCUUGGGUCCAUGAACAACUGUAUUAGCAACUACACCAAUAACUUGUUCAGAAAGAACGGGCAUAGAUUCGGAGGAAAGGUUCAUACUUAUUUGAUGUAUACAAAUAAAUAUAAAGAUCUCCGUCUUUUAAAUUGACGAUCUUUUUUCUUCGGAAGUUCAACAUGAUACAUUUGGAUGUUCCAGUGCACACCGGGUUCAUAUACUCACAAACCUUAGAAGGCUAUGGCUCAUUGGAUCCUGGAUUUGCAGCAACAUAUGAAUUUCUACAAGAUGUAAGCUGAAGUUUUUGCAUUUCAAUUAUAUGACUGCAUAGUGCCAAUUUCCGAAGUUAUUUGUUUUUCCAUUAAAUUAUUUGUUAUUCAAUUGUUUGUGCAAUAAAUCUGUCUAGACAGCUUCUGCUAACAAAAAUGAAAGGCUGUUUUCCUUUCAAGUACUAAAAAAAUUCAUAAUCAUCAAGAGGCG